AAACUCCGACAACUGAUCACAUCAACCUCUUCCACCGUUGUGGUGAUCAAUGUCUGCAACAGCCGCCGCAUUUACACCCAAUUUCAACACUCCAUCUCUCAAGAAACCUUCCACCACCGUUUCCACUUGUAUUGCAAGGCUGAGCAACACCUCAUCAUCCUCCGCACCUCCUCCUUCUACUCCAAGCCUCAUCCGUAACCAGCCCGUUUUUGCUGCCCCAACUCCGAUCAUCACCCCCACUUGGAGAGGAGACAUGGGAAACGAAUCGUAUGAGGAGGCCAUUGCUGCACUUAAAAAACUUCUAAGUGAGAAGGGAGAGUUGGCACCUGUGGCUGCAGCAAAAAUUGAUGCAAUCACAGCUGAGCUUCAAACACCAAACUCCAAACCAGCAUUUGACCCUGUUGAGAGGAUCAAAACUGGAUUUGCCAAAUUCAAGACCGAAAAAUAUAUAACUAAUCCAGCUUUGUAUGAUGAACUUUCAAAAGGCCAGAGCCCAAAGUUUAUGGUGUUUGCAUGCUCAGACUCCCGGGUUUGCCCAUCACACGUGUUGGAUUUCCAGCCUGGCGAGGCAUUUGUUGUCCGUAAUGUAGCCAACAUGGUUCCUCCAUUUGACAAGGUUAAAUAUGCUGGAGUAGGAGCUGCUGUUGAGUAUGCAGUUCUUCAUCUCAAGGUGGAGCAAAUAGUUGUAAUUGGACAUAGCCGUUGUGGUGGGAUCAAGGGUCUAAUGACCUUUCCAGAUGAAGGACCUCACGUUACUGAUUUCAUCGAGGACUGGGUCAAAGUUGCUCUCCCUGCAAAGUCAAAGGUGAAAGCAGAGCAUACCAGUUCAUCUCUUGAUGAUCAAUGUGUAACCUGUGAAAAGGAGGCAGUCAAUUUGUCUCUUGCAAACCUGUUGACUUACCCGUUUGUAAGAGAUGGACUAGUGAAGAAAACACUGGCACUUAAGGGUGGACACUAUGACUUUGUUAAUGGGACAUUUGAGCUGUGGGGACUUGAUUUUGGACUUUCUCCUACCACUUCUGCUUGAUUGAUUCACACUUGUAUUUUAUAUAUAAUUCCAUCUUUACCCUUCACUCUUUUGUUCCACUUGAAUUUCACCUACCAUCUCUACUUGUAAUAAUUCUGGUCUUUGCACCUCUUCUGAUAUAAUAAAUAAAGUCUUUGAUAUGUA